AUGGCAGACCCCAAUGAUGUCUUGCCUAUAAACGAGCCAGGGAUGAAGAUAGAGGGGGAUGCCCUAUAUGCCCUACGGAGAGAAGUCGCACAGUUGCUAGAUCGGAAGAAUCUCGGUUUCCCAGGCGCACAGCCUGUUAGUUUUGCAAGACGGCAUCUUGAGGAGUUGACGAAGCAGGACUAUUACGUCUGCGAGAAAUCCGACGGCUUGCGUUACCUCCUCUACCUAACAACCUAUAACGACGAAGAGGCCCACUAUCUCAUUGAUAGGAGGAAUGAUUUCUGGAUCGUUCCCAAGAAUAGCCUCCACUUUCCAGUUCCCAGAGACGUUCAAGGCUUUCAUGUCAGUACCUUGAUCGAUGGCGAACUUGUACUUGACAAACUUCCCGAUGGGAAACUGCAGCCCAAGUACCUGGUCUUUGAUUGUAUGAUACUGGAUGGAAAUAGCUUAAUGAGUCGAACCCUUGACAAACGGUUGGCCUACUUUCAAGAGCGGAUUUAUGAUCCGUAUAAACAACUUCUUCAGAGUUACCCCCAGGAAAUACCCUUCAUGCACUUUAUUGUCGAGAUGAAAUCAAUGCAGUUCAGCUAUGCAAUAGAGCUUAUGUUUGCCAAGAUCCUCCCUGACUUGCCGCAUGGCAAUGAUGGCUUGAUUUUCACAUGUCGGACGAGCGAAUAUAAGCAUGGCACCGACCCACACAUCCUAAAGUGGAAGCCAGAGGAUGAGAACAGCAUCGACUUCCGCUUAAUACUCGACUUCCCUCUCGCACAGCCCGAUGAGCAGGAUAUUGCGGAAGGGGUUACCGAACCAUACCCCGAUUAUGAUGCUAUGCCAAUAUGUAAUUUGCACGCUUUUGCAGGUGAUGGACGAGAAGACCCGUGGUUUAGUACCAUGCACCUCGAACCCAAGGAAUGGGAAGGUCUAAAGGCUUUGAAGGAGCGACUGAAUGAUAGAAUCGUGGAAUGCUAUAUGGAUUCCCAGAAAAGGUGGCGGUACAUGCGAUUCCGCGAUGACAAAGAAAACGCCAACCAUACGAGUACAGUCCAGAGUGUUAUUGAAAGCAUCACAGACAGGGUGACCAAACAAGAUCUUACAAAUGCUCAGAAAGUUAUCCGAGAUGAAUGGAAGAGGAGAGCAGCUGAUGAGCAGGCUCGAGAGCGAAAGGAGGCAGAGAAAAGACGGGCCGCGUCCGCGAGCAGCGGGCCUCUAAAUGCGGGAGUGAAGCGGAAGGCUGAUGGACAGGGCAACGGGCGACCCAGCCCGGGGCCUCCUAUGAAGAAAGAGUUGUAG